AGGGUUUGCUUCAGUUCCUGUUAGUUCAUGGCUGAAGUACAGAGUUAUUGAGAAAAUGCCCUGCAGUGUAGCUUACAGUCGGUAUUAUCAGACAUAGUAAAGAGGAUUUUAAUCAUUUAUCUUGUUGCAAAUUAAUAUCUCACAGCUUUAAAGUCGAUUUCUUUCUCUUUUUUUUUCUGGUAAUGAGUUAAAAGAAAUGCAUUUAUCUGUAGCCCUAUUUAUCCUGGCUGCAAUCUCCAUUUGUAAAGGCCGGCUUGAGAACAACUGCAACGUUUUCCCUAAAGAUAAAUACAUCGAAGUGGGAUCCGAUAUCGACAUAGUGUGCCAGACUUCAUGCGUCAAAGGAAAAAUCUUCUGGACACUCAACAACGCACCCGUAGAUGAAAGAUUGUCAAACACCAUCAACUCCUCACACACAGUGCUGUCACUGAGGAAGUUCACUCACCACAGUGCGACGCUGCAGUGCCACAGUGCAGUUAAUCAGCAAGUCCUUGGAGGCACCAACAUCAGAACGUACUCAAAACCCAGCAAUAUAUCAUGCAUCUUGCAUAAUAAAGAUCGAGACGAAGGAAUACCAGACCUGUUCACAUGCAACUGGGAGCACCAGAUUAAUCCUUCAUUGAAAGUAAACUACACUGUACUGAGAUCCACUCGGUCAAACUCUUCCAAGAAAAAAAUCUGCACAUCACAUAGAACAGAGUGCACAUCUCAUUUAGUAGAAAUAUCUGAGAAUAACAGUAUUACUGUGAGAGCUGAAACUGCUCAUUGGACAGCUGACUCCGACCCUCGUGAAUUUGACCCAUUGCACAUAUGGAAAAUUGUCCCUCCGAAAUCGUUAAAUGUAGAAACCUUCUCUGAUCGUGUGUUGGUUAAGUGGAAUCGGGCGAGUUCUGGUGCCCCGGGUCACUGUCAAGUCAAUUACAGCAAGGCUGCCAAUGAACAAACUACAGUGGUGCUCAGUGAGACUCUAAAGGCAAAUCAGCACGGGGAGAAGACCAUUGACAUUGCGAAGUUUGAGUCCUGCAGUAACUACAGCUUUUCAGUCCGCUGUGCUUUAAACAAAGCCCCCUGGAGCGACUGGAGCCACAAAAAGACAGUUCUGACCCAACUAAAUAAGAGUCAUGUGAAGCUGCGCCUGUGGAGAAAGGUCGCUGAACCGGAGAAAAAUGGAGUUAGAAGAGUUCAUGCCAUGUGGACGGAGAUUCCUUCAACAUGCAAAGGCACAUUUACCUACGCUGUCAAAUCGACUCCCUACAAGGAACACACGAUGGGAAUAAAUUGUACAUUACGGGGCAAGUUGACUUGUGAUGUUGACGUGAGCCGAGAUGCACACAGAAUCAACUUCACAGUCUUCCACGAUGAAUCCCUGUUUGUGGAAGACUCUGUUUAUGUUCCAGCCAUCGGAGAGAGCCUCCCUCAAGUUACCGACAUCCAGACCUCAACCCUCGAAGGCGUUAUUCUGGUCAGCUGGAAAGCUCCCAUUCAGUCUGUCAGUUGUUACAUGGUGGAUUGGACCCACGAUGGAAAUCAAUACUACUGGAAGAAGACCAAAUACACUAACGCGACACUCUCUGACCUCCUGGAUAAGAAGCCAUACAACAUCACAGUAACUCCCCUCUUUGAAAACAAGACAGGUCAUGGCACACAAGCCCUUCAUAUCUGCUCCAGAUUCGGAGGUCCAGGAAAUGUCACUAUCCAUGUUCAGACUAACGACAAAAGUGCCCUUGUGAGCUGGAAUGUGACGUCGCAGGAGGCAUGCAGCGGCGUCGUUGUCAACUACACCGUCUUCUACGGCGAACCACCGCUCAAUGAUACUCUAGAUGGCUCAAAGCAGGACUUCUCUUUGAAAGAUCUGAUUCCAGACACCUAUUACAGCGUCUAUGUGAAGGCCACAGCUCUUACAGGAACCACCGAAAGCAUUGUGACGAGCUUUAAGACCAACAGAUUUGGUCCGGGGCUCAUCACAGCAGUCAGUGUCGUCGGAAGCAUCAUUAUAGUUCUUGUGUUAUCUCUGGGAUUAUGCUGCACUGUUCAGUGGCAGAAAUUCAGGGCGAAGCCGGUGCCUAACCCGCGCCUGGCCAGUGCUGUGACGUUGUGGCCAACGGCAGGCCGUCAAGAGGGGAUGUUCCAGGCAUUCAGUAAUCCAACUGAAAGCCUCUGUGACAGAGUUUACACAGAGGAAGCUCAGAGGAAGGCCAGCUCUCCAAUAGACUGUUACGGUAACCCAGCCAGUGACCAGACGGACGACUACGUUGACUCAGCCACGACUCCAAUAAUAGACGAAAAGCAUGAAGACCCAGUCAAUCCUGUAGAGACGCCGCGUCUCUCUUCUCCCGAUGAUUCCACAGCUCUGCUUUCUGCAGAGAACAGCCCGUAUCGAAGUCAAGCUUCUGUGGAAAGUCCUGCCUCGAAGUGCAGUAAACAGUUUAAGCGAGUUCCACUAAAACAGACGAUGUACGUGACUUUGGACAUGUUAGAACAACACGGUGCCAGGUGAUGGGAAUGAAAACAAAACCAUAACAACAUACCAAGAGCUCAAAUGCAUCAAUCAGCUCAGGUGCGGUUUAAUCCUGCCAAAGACUUCCAAGAUUGUGUCAUUAUCCUGCUGUGGAGUGAAAGUAAAGCAGAACGACUGUAAUCUUAUAUUCAUAACCUAUUUGCGGGAAAUAAAAGUGCUACUGUGUAUCAUUUAU